UACAUAUAUUCAAUCUUUUACAAGUGUUUUUGAAGAUCUUGUCAAUCAAAAAUAUAUUUACGGGUUGUGUUUAUAGCUGUCGGCGGGUCACGAUUUUAUUUUGAAAUUCUUGACAGGAACUUGUCAUCUGAUGAAAGACAAUUUUAUGGCAGAGUUGUUGAGAUUGUCCUGCAGAUACACGGGAUGAUUACUGACACACACAAGUUUGAUUUUCAUGGUUCAUGUAUCCUCCGGAGGACAGGAUGGUUGAUCUAGCCUGUGUUUAGUUUUUUUUAAGGAUUUAUUAGCCCAUCUCCAGGAAACUUUUACCUUUUGGAAAUGAUGGAAAAAGUUGGGAUCCUGGGAGUGUUGCUAUUGACCCCUGCAAAGUCUUUCCUUGACUGUCAUCCUAAUGUCAAACUUGUUAAAGAAGAGGAAGACUGCAUGAGGAAUCUGCUGUUUCAUAAGUCACUCAAAUCAACAGAAAACAUCAGCGUGCAAUGCAGCGGGAUGUGGGACAACUUGACCUGUUGGCCUGCUGCUCCCCUCGGCGAAACCGUCUCUAAACUGUGUCCUGAGUUCUUCCAUUCUGAAGGUAAAGUGCAGCGAAACUGCACAGCCAACGGAUGGACAGAACUUUUUAUCCCAUAUGAGGACGCCUGCGUCUUCAAUGUCACUCUCCACUUUCUCAAUGAGUCCCCAGAUACUCAUCUGUAUUUCUCCUCGGUGAGGACCGUUUACACUGUCGGAUAUGCUCUCUCCCUCAUCUCCCUCGCCAUCGCCAUCGCCAUAUUGUGCCUGUUUAGGAAACUGCACUGCACUCGGAACUACAUUCACAUCCAGCUGUUUAUCUCCUUCAUCCUCAAAGCCAUCUUCAUCUUCGCCAGAGACACGUUGCUCUUUUCUGAAAACACCUAUCACUGUAACUCCUACCCGGUGGGCUGUAAGUUUGUGCCGAUCUUUUCCAACUACUGCAUCCUGGCCAACUACAGCUGGCUGCUGGUGGAGGGUCACUUCCUGUUCACGUUAGUCAGCCGUUCAUUCUUCUCCCUGAAGAAACAUCUGAUCUGGUACAUCGUCCUCAGCUGGGGCUUACCGCUCAUCGUGAUCGUCGCCUGGUCGUGUGCCAGGUAUUUUUAUGAAGAUGAAGGCUGCUGGGAAACAGGAAGCCACGAAUGGAUUUUAUGGAUCCUUCGAGUGCCGGUUCUGCUAUCAAUAUGUACGAACCUCAUCUUUUUUCUGGGCAUAUUGAGGGUUCUGGUGAGCAAACUCCGAAUGCCCGACGCGCGGAGGAACGAGUUCAGUCAGUACAAGAAGCUGAUCAAGUCCACGUUCUUCCUGGUGGCCGUGUUCGGCCUGCAUUACAUGGUGUUUGUGUUCCUGCGCGUGGAAGCCAGCAGCUCCAUGUCGAAGAUCAAGAUGUUCGCCGAGCUGGUUCUGUCGUCGACGCAGGGUUUGAUGGUCGCGACCCUCUACUGCUUCAUGAACGGCGAGGUGCAGCAGGAGUUCAAGAGGCGGUGGAGGAGGUGGAAGCUGGUCCGCCACCUUCCGAACCGGCCGCGGCACCACCACGGCUCCAUCAGCCACAGCGGCUCUGCCAACACCCAGGUGUCCCUGCUGCCCUCCUCCCCAGGGAGCCAGGCGAGCAGCGUCCUCCCUGUGGACACUCUGGAGAUGUGAUCUACAAACUAGAAGAUGGAGUUAGGUUGGAGAGGAUGCAGAGAUGUUUUUUUUCAAAUCUACAGAACUCUUAUUUAUUUUUGUGUCUCUUUGGCCUCCUCGUUUUACCAAAGUCUCCGGAUUUUAAAUGGUGGACUAAAUAUAUUUCCGACUUAAUUUACCAAACAUUUCAUUUUCUUUUUGGUUCCACUUCUCCUAACCCUUAGCUUUAGCUCCCUUUAGCUUCUUGACCAUCAAACACGUACUAAAAUAAACUACAAGACAUGAUAAUG